AUGGCAUCUGCGGCUUCCCCCCAGCGCCCCGGAUACUAUCAAUUGUCAGCGUGGCUCGCAUGCACGCACUCGAGUUUUGCAAACUACACCGCGAUCUCGCGCUUCCCCUACGUUCCAGGCCCGCCAGCUUCGUCCUGCUCGAGGCCAGCGUGCAAGUCAAGUGUGCAGGGACGAAGGAACAAAACGUGCGACUGUGCCAUUCGAGCCGCGUUUGUGAGUGUAGGCAUUGAUCCGAAGAAGGAGAGACUUCGAUGGCAUCCGGAUCGAUUUGCAGGUGUCGUAGGUGAAAGCAGAAGGGGCGAGUUCCAGGAGGCUGCAAGAGAGAUUUUCGUUGUUUUGGGAGGCAUGUGUUGA